AUGGAAACAUCACAAUCAAUCUCCCCCCAAGGCGUCGCACAACUGACGCCCAAUCCUCCCACGUCGGCCGAAGACAGCGCAACCCCGGCCCAUCCCCCGGCGGCCUCAUCUGGGCCGCGACUAAACCCACGAAGUUGCGUCACAUGUCGGCGCAGGAAGGUCAGAUGUAACAAACAAAACCCUUGUGCAAACUGUGUAAGAGCUGGGAUUGAAUGUGUUUUUCCUGGCCCUGGCAGGGCUCCCAGGAAGUCGAGAAAACCUCCCGAUACAGAACUACUGGCACGCUUGCAGCGACUGGAGGGGGUGGUCCACAGUCUAGGAGCGCAGGUCGAUGAGCAUGGAGUCGUCUCGCCUACGUUGGCAGGGCCUACGGACAUUCGAGCUCGGUUUGGCGACGGGGAAUCCGGAGAAUCUCCUUCAUCCGACCGCUCAGACACGAAAAGACAGUCAAUCGAGAAGCAUCUGGGCCGGCUCGUGAUCAACGAGGACCGCAGCCGAUAUGUCAGUAGCACCUUUUGGACGAGCAUGAGCGAGGAAAUCGCCGAGAUGCGAGACCUGCUUGACCCGUCCAGCAGCGACGAUGAGGACGAGGCGGUCGUUUCUAGGCAAGACCGCGCGGACACCCAUAACGCCUUCAUCUUUGGCUACUCCUCAGCCAUGCUUGAUCUUCGGGAGCUCCAUCCCACCCCGAGCCAGAUCUUCAUUUUGUGGGAGGUCUUCAAGGAAAACGUCGAUCCCGUCGUCCGCAUUUCGCACCGGCCAACCACGAGGGCGAUCCUGAUGAACGCAACGACCAGUCUCGACCGUCUGUCGAAGCCGGCCGAGGCCUUGCUGUUUUCGAUCUACUUUGGAGCGGUGGUCAGUCUGAGCCCGGAACAAUGCCAGCAACUGCUCGACGAGAGCAAAGAGUCUCUGAUCAAGAAAUAUCGUUUCGCUACAGAACAAGCCCUCGCCCGCGCCGACUUCCUGAACAGUUCCAGUCUGAUGUGCCUGCAGGCAUUCGCCUUCUUCCUUAUAUUCGUGCGUUACUGUGACGACUCCCGUAAAGUCUGGGCUCUGGGCGGGUUGGCCAUCCAUCUCGCGCAGGGUCUGGGCAUUCAUCGCGAUGGGUCACAUUUUGGAUUGGGCCCCUUUGAAACGGAAAUGAGGCGCAGAUUGUGGUGGUAUUUGUCGAUCCUGGACAUUCGCUCGGCUGAGGACCAUGGAACCGAUCCUGCUUUCGCCGAGCAAAUCUAUGACACGAAGCUGCCCCUGAACUAUGACGACGAGGACAUCUAUCCGGGAAUGAAAGAAUAUCCGCCGGAAAGGCCAGGCGCGACGGAGAUGACGUUCUGUUUGAUCCGUUUCGAGCUGAGUACCUUUUCUCGACGUCUGAACUCCAUGUCAUCACGAGGAGAGGAUGGUCAGUCAUCGCCGGAAUCGACGCUCAUGGAGAAGGAGAGAUUGAUUGAUGAGUACCAUCGCCGGGUGGAGGAGAAGUAUCUACGACAUUGCGACAUGAAUGUACCCAUUUUUUGGGUGGCUGCUACUGUGGCGCGUUUGAUGUUGGCCAAGAUAUGGCUAAUGGUGCACCAUCCCCGUUCAUUUAGCCCCACGAACCAUGCAUCGGUCCUGCCACCGGAGUCCCGCGAUCGCGUCUUCGUCACCUCCGUGGAGGUCAUUGAAUUCUCGCACUUGCUCCAAAAGCACGAGAACACGGCGAAGUGGGGCUGGCUGUUCCAAACUUAUACGCAAUGGCAGUCCAUCGCGUAUGCGCUGUCCGAAAUAUGCGCAAGGCCGCCUGGCCCCGACGUGGACCGGGCGUGGCGAGCCAUUGAUGCCGUCUUCGCGGAUCAGAUGCUGAUGAACAACAAGUUUCAAAAGGGGGUGGCGUGGAAACCCCUGCGGCACUUGAUGGCAAAGGCUCGGGCGCGGAGAGCAGCCCAGCAGGCACAAGCGAGUCAAACAGUCAAAGACUCCGACAUGACAUCUUCCAAUGUACCGAGUUCGACCUCGCCGGACCGUCCGAUGCAUGACUAUCCAUACACAGCGAAUCCUGGUGCCAUGGAGGCGUUUGGAAUGGGAAAUCUCCCUGCCUACUCCAACCAUGCGGGACAGCAGCCGAUGCAAGGGACGACUGAGGGCGGGAUGGCAGGCCAGGGCACGUCACAGGAGGGCCAGGGCACCACGGAUUGGACCCCAGAUGACUCGGGCCUGCCGGACAGUGGAAUUUUGGAGUUUGACUGGUCAGCGUCGUUAGGAGAUUUCAGCGGCCAACCCGACCCGUUCUCACGGUUUGUUGUGAAUGCCCAGGAGGAAUGGUUUUGA